UUGAAUCCGAGGCAACUGAGCUGAAAAGGAAAAUUUACGGCAGAAUUCAUCGGUACCUUUUCGUCUUUAACUAAAAUCCAAAUCUGUUUUUCUUAGGGGGUACACUAAAUUCAAUUGUAUAUGCCCAUAAUAUGGUACAAAAACGAUGAAUCUUUGAGGUACUAUUCUUUGAGUUGAAUUCAUUUUUCUUAGUCAGCCAUCAUGUCUCUCUUCAAGGCUAGAGACUGGUGGUCUCACAAUAUUGGAUCGGCUGAUGCGUUUGAUCAAGGCAGCUUAUGUGUGGCUAAUAUCGACAAUAGCCCUUCACAACUCGAUAAAGUGAUCGUGGGUGGCUUCAAUGGUAUCUUGCGUAUUUAUCAGCCCAAAGGCUCUAGGGGUGAGGCUAACAAGGCAGAGGAAGUCCUACUGGAGACGCAGUUACCCCAGCCGAUCCUUCAAGUGGAAGCAGGACGAUUUGUCUCUGUCUCUGAGAAUCUUCAUCUUGCUGUACUUCAUCCAAGGAAACUGACCGUGUACAGCAUAUCUGGUACAACUGGUGUAGUGGAACAUGGCAGUCAGUAUCACUUGAAGAUUAUAUACGAGCACAACUUACAGCGGACUGCCUUCAGCCUGGUUGUCGGACCUUUUGGUGGUGUCAAAGGUAAAGAUUUCUUAUGUAUCCAGUCCAUGGACGGCGCGGUCUCCUUCUUUGAGCAGGAGAGUUUCUCCUUCAGCCGGUUCCUGCCGGGGUUCCUCCUGCCCGGGCCGAUCAGAUACGUCCCUCGGACCGACUCCUUCAUCACCGUAUCGUCAACCUGGCAGGUUGAGAGUUAUAAGUACCAGGUGCUCGCCGUGGCUACAGAUGUGAAAUCCAAAGCUGAGUCUCAGUCAAUCACAUCUGGGAAAAGAAUCACUAUGGACUGGUCAUACAACCUUGGGGAGGCAGCUCUGGACCUCAGUGUAACAACGUCAACGCAGGGGUCAACAUCAAUCAUGGUUCUUGGCGAGCGAUCCAUUGUCUGUUUGAAAGACACAGGUGCAAUCAAAUUCAUGAAGAAAUUGGAAUACAGUCCGAGCUGUUUCUUCCCUCAUGGAACUUCCUUGGAGACAAGUAUCACUUACAUGGUGGCAACGCAUACUAGUCAGCUGUUGAUAUACCAGGAUGCUACACUGAAAUGGGCAUCCAAGCUGGAACAUAUACCUGUGGCCAUUAGAGUUGGCCAAUUCCAAGAUCUGAAGGGCGUGAUGACGACACUGGACGACCAGGGUCAUCUGGUGUGCUCCUACCUCGGCACCGACCCAUCCAUGUUUGUCACCCCCACCACCGAGUCGCGCGACAUCAAUUACGAGGAGCAGGAUGUAGAGAUGAAGAAACUACAGAGAGCCAUCAAGGAUUCUGCCUCAAAACAAAAUUUGCUGCCCAAGAAGGUCGAUGAGGAAGAGUUGAGGUUAGAGGUCAUUGUGCCGCCCAAUCUAGAUAGCACAUCGGUGUACAAGUAUUUCACAGAGGGAGCAACGAAUGCUACGGAAACUGAAGUAGAGGACAGUGACCCCAUCCCAUCCAUCACAGUCAAGUUGGUUCUGAAGAGCAACAAAAGUCUACCCAACGUUCGCCUGUUGAUCUAUUGCCCUUACCCACUCUCUGCUAACCAAAGUACUUUCACCUUCCCAUUCAUCGGUGAUGCGUCAGCCCCUUCGAGCGUCUUGGUGUCAUUCUUCCUCCGCGGGAACUCUCUCCCAGCUAGUCUUACCGCCUCUGCUAUGGCAACAUACACAACCCCCAAAGGAGCCCCUCGAGUUGUCCGCAGUGACAUCGAACUCCCGUUGAAGUUGGUCGUCAAGCCGUGCCCUCCUGUCAAGACUGCCACCUACAAAGUCACCAUCGAUAGCAACAGAAACGCUGCCAAUCUCAAUGACAUAUUUCCAGAUCUGCUUGGACCCAGUGCUGGAGGCCCGGGUCAAGCUCUUGGUUUUCAGAUCAUCGGAGGGCCAAAGGUCACCAUCCUAGCAUCCAAAUCAUCUCAGCGCUACAGGUUGCAGUCUGACGUAUUUGAAUCCAUGUGGCUCAUCAUGCAGUCCUUCAUAGACAGGAUCAAGUCCUUCCAGAGAAGCAGUGGAAUCAAGGACUUUGAGGUGUCCUAUGCAGGGACUAUUCCAUUAACGGAGUACUUUGAACUCAUUGACACCCAUUUAGAGCUGAGGAUAAACGCGGAGCGCUACAAGGAGUUGUUGGAUCAGAGAGCUCGGCAGUUCAGGGCUAUCCAGCGAAGGUUACUGACAAGAUUCAAAGACAAGACACCGUCUCCUUUGUCUAAUCUAGACACACUUCUUGAUGGGACAUACAGACAGAUCUUAAAGUUGGCUGAUGGUGUAGAGGAGAACCACAAGGCGUUGGUGCGUUGCUCACUGGGUCUGAGCUGCGCCACUCACAUGAUCAUCACCAUCAUGAAACUGGCCAAUGGGAUGACGGAUCAAGAGUUUCAGAUCCUGAAAUCAAGUCUCAUGCCUCAUGUGGCUUGUGACGGGGAGCAGGGCUGGGAAGAAGCCGUAGAUGCCGGUGUAAGCAACCUUCUGCGUACCUGCCUCGCUAAGAAAGCCAUAGAUCAAGCCGUGAAUCCAGCACCAUUGACCAUGGCCGGCGACGCCUCACGACUCAAGAAACAUAUCACACAGCUCUCUGAACGCCUCAGUAAAGGAGCCCGUCUGUUUAUAGAAGGUCAGACACCACCAGAGGCAAGAACUGAAACGACUCAGCCUAGAAGUCGUCCUACUUCGUCUACUCCGAGGGACUUUGAUUCUGAGACAUCGGCACCUGACAGGAGUAAAAGAUUGGAGUUCCGUAAGAGCAGCCAGAAGUCACUAAUCAACGAGGAACGUCCCAAUCCCGCACCUUUGAGUAACAACAUCCAUGCAGCGCCAGCUGGCUUACCACCAGGCAUUGAAGAUCUACCUAGCCCAGGGGGUGAGAACGGUGGCAGUGUGAACAACACAGAGGACUCACCAAGGGGAGGUGGGCUACUAGGCGAUCUACCCUCUCUGGGCGGCCCUGGGGUCAGGGGGACAGCUUUACCACCUCUGGGCGGAAUGCCCAUGGAAUCCCCGGGCGGCUUACCGGAACUUAAACCGAUCAAGAAGAAGAAGAAGAAAAAGACCAAAAGCCCUCGGAUCCCGGAGCCUGAUCUCGAAGCAGACGACAAUUUCUUUGGAGGGACUGGCUCCCCAGAGCCUCUCUCGGUUAUGUAAGUCAACAAAGAUCAAUAUGGACUAUACUAUUGACUGGUGUUAUGAUAUUGGACCUGCCAUGUGAGUCAUGGUAGCAUCAAAGGGCCGGUGUUAUAAUAUUGGACCUGCCAUCUGAGUCAUGAAACUAUCAAAGAUCAAUGUAUACCAAACUUUGGACUGGUGUUAUGAUAUUGGACCUGUCAUGUGAGUCAAGGUAUCAUCAGAGGUCAACAUAUAACAUAUUGCGGACUGGUAUUAUAAAUUUGGACGCAUAUAUGCAAAGGUAAUGUGACUAUGCAUUGUAAAAAAAACAAGAAAGGGGUGUAAAAAGUCAUAAAGUAAUACCGGAAUAUAUGUUUGUAAGAAAUGUACUUUAAAACAAGAAAGAGUUAAGAAAUUCACACAUGCAGAUUUUUGCAUAUUCUGUAAAUAUUAUAUUGUGAAAUAUACCUGAAAACAUUGUAGUUUUGUUUAAAUUGAUAUCGUUGACUGCUUUGUUGUAUUUGAAUACCAUUCGUGGUAUUUGCUAUUCUGAUGUAAGUAAUAGCAAUAUCUAUUGUAAAGCACGAAUGUUUUGCACAUAAGCAAUAUGUGUCUGGUUGUGUUGUCAUUUAGCCUUCGAGAAAGACUCUGCUAGGGUCGAAACAUCAGGUCAUUUACUAUUUAUAGCACAUGUGUAUUAUUAGUAUUUGUCAAAGACCAGUAUCCACACUUGAUGUGACCAAAUACAGAAAAAAAAGUGGAAGUAAACUUAAUUUUUUGCACUUUUUUCUAACAUUAAGUUUUGGACUUGCAAGAUCAAAACUAAUUGUUUAUUUUUCAAAAACUUGCAUUUCAAGCAAAAAUAUUCCAAAGGGAGUUUCCCACCAUGAUAAUCUUUGUACCAUGUUAGUUGUGUGCAAAUCUGUGAACAUUUAUGUUUACUCUUACCAGUGCUAUGUACACCCUUUAAAGACACUGGACACUAUUGGUAAUUGUCAAAGACCACUCUUCUCACUUGGUGUAUC